AAAAACAAAUGAACUAACAUUUUACCUGAAUGAGGAAAACAAGAGAUUAAUUUUUAUACUAAAGGAAAAUAAUUUUCUUGGAAUUACAUGCAUUAAUUUUAGUGCACUAAAUCGUUGCUGUCCAUUUAAUUUUGUAAAACCAGGCAUUUUGUUUGUUCUCGGCAGUGAAGUGAGAAAGAAGUCGAAUUUGCGUUUCUCCAAAAACAAAACAAAUAUGAAUUUAGUGGAAAAAAAUGCAUACGGCAAUGGAUUGCUGUAUGCUGGAUUUAAUCAAGAUCAAGGCUGUUUUGCUUGUGGUACUUCUACUGGAUUUCGUGUUUAUAAUUGCGACCCUUUAAAGGAAAAAGAACGACAAUAUUUUCCUGAAGGCGGUCUUAGCCAUGUCGAGAUGUUGUUUAGGUGUAAUUAUUUGGCAUUGGUUGGUGGUGGCAUACGUCCCUUGUAUCCACCUAAUAAGGUUAUUGUAUGGGACGAUUUGAAGAAGGCACCAGCUAUAAGUUUAGAUUUUAAUCAGCCCGUAAAAUCUGUACGAUUAAGGCGAGAUCGUAUAGUUGUUAUAUUGGAGGGUGUAAUUAAAGUGUUUACAUUUACACAAUCACCGCAACAAUUACAUGUUUUUGAAACAAGUGCUAAUCCAAAUGGUCUUUGUGUUUUGAGUCCACACAGCAAUAAAAGUUUGCUUGCAUUCCCCGGCAGACGUACCGGUCACGUUCAGAUUGUUGAUUUGGGAAAUACAGAACGAGCACCUCUGGAACUUAUAGCCCAUGAAGCUGCAAUUAGUCAAUUAACUUUCAAUUUGCAAGGAACGCGCUUAGCAACGGCCAGUGAAAAAGGGACUUUAAUACGAAUUUUUGACACAGAGAAUGGAAAAAAAGUAUGUGAAUUAAGAAGAGGCAGCAAUCAGGCAAAUAUUUACUGUAUUAAUUUUAACCAUCCAUCGACUAUGUUGGUUGUAUCUUCUGACCAUGGAACUAUUCAUGUUUUUAAUUUGGAGGAUAAUAAGCCAAAGGAAUCAUCCUUAAUACCCAAGUACUUUUCGAGUCAAUGGAGUUUUGUCAAGUUUUCUAUACCACAGGGGCCUCCUUGCAUUUGUGCUUUCGGUACUGACUCUAAUUCUGUCAUAGCAAUAUGUGCAGAUGGUCAUUAUUUUAAAUUUAUAUUCAACCAUAAAGGCGAAUGCAGUCGAGAUGUCUGCACACAAUUUUUAGAACUUUCUGAUGAUCAAAUGGAUUGAGAUUAACUAUAUAUAAACU